CAGCAUAGCGUUUGUGGACAGUCAAACAUGAGCUAAUAUUACGUUCACACGCAUUUCUUAUAGUACUGAGCUCAUAUAUCGUCAUAAAUAUACGAAAAUCAUUUCAUUAUCAUGAAAAAUGGCCCCAAAAGAUAUUGAAUGGGAGAGCAUCGCCCAAAAAAGGAUAGCUGAGAAAAGGACUCAUGUUAGCUUCCCACAGUUAAAGUACCCUUCUCUAAGGGAUGGUGCCGCUAGGGAUCCUAUACAGUGGCUCAAAGGGAAAGCUAUGGACGAUGGUGCAGAAGGUAUAUGGCGUAUUCACGAUAAAUUAUAUGACUUCACAAGUUUCAUGAAGCGACAUCCCGGCGGCGAGGAAUGGUUGGAGUUGACGCAGGGGACUGACAUAACAGAAGCGUUCGAGGCCCAUCACAUAAAUCCAACAGUAGAAAAACUCUUAGACAAAUACUACGUCAGAGACGCGAACACACCAAGGAACUCCCCUUUUACGUUCAACGAGGAUGGUUUUUAUAGGACUCUGAAAAAAGCGGUGCACAAAGAACUGGAGAAAAUACCCAAAGAUGUGUCUAAAGCCGCGGAUAGGAUAACGGAUGGGCUAUUUGUAACUCUUUUAUGUAGCUCCGCGAUGGCGGCAUGGGUGAAAAAUUACUAUGCGGCUACAGUUUGGUACAUUUUUGCAUCUGUGAAUCUCGCCAUUUUGACGGUGGCGUGUCAUAACUAUAUCCACAGAAGUACAAAUUGGAGAAUGUAUUUGUUUAAUAUGAGCAUGUGGUCAUACAGAGAUUUCCGAGUGUCUCACGUCAUAUCGCACCAUCUCUACACGAAUACUUUAAUGGAUUUGGAGAUCAGUUCGUUGGAGCCCGUUUUGUUCUACAAUCCAAGGAAAGAUAAGCCGGUGCACGCACGAGUGGGCUUCAUAACUGAAUUGUUCUUCUUUCCAUUCAUUUUUCUCUUCAGUUUCGUGAAAAGAUUCAUGUCGAUCUUCUUCAGAGAUGGCUUUUUUAAACGACACUACCGUUGGCAUGACUUAAUUGGAUUUCUUUUGCCAUUAACUAUGUGGAUAGUGAGCGGUGCUUCGGUUCUUCAUAUAUUAAGAAUUUGGCUGUGGAUCAACUGUACGGGUAGCUUGAUAUUUUUCGCUAUCGGCGUUAACGCAGCACAUCAUCACCCAGAAGCUAUUAAAGAUGGAGAUAAGCCAAGGAGUGUAACACCGGAUUGGGGUGAACAUCAAGUGGAAGCUCUGAUAGACCGCAAGGACGUGAACGGAAACGUGUUCGCAGUGGUCACAUUGUUCGGAGAUCACGCCCUCCACCACAUGUUUCCGACCCUAGACCACGCAGUGCUGAGAUAUUUACACCCCGUCUUCAUCGAACAUUGCGAGAAAUUCAAAGCGAAUUACCGAGUAUCGACGCAGUUCUCGAUGGUUUUGGGACAAAUAAAAGAAUGUAUGCGUAGCGAGUUUAGAAUUCGAUAGCCGAUCUGAAAUUAAAUGUUGAUUGGAUUUUCAGCUAGCUUAAUUAAGUAAUUUGUUUCCACAAACAACUGCUUUUGCAAAAGUCGAAUAACAUUAUUUUUUUUGAUUUGCUUGAAAACAAUACUAUGUUUUUAUAAAGAUAGAAUGUUUAUCCUUAGAGAAAUGAUUUGAGAAUUUUUACGAUGUCUCGGUAAAUGAGGUUGUAUAAAUUGCUUUUACUAAUUCAUUAUUAUUAAUCCAA